UACGAGUCUUAUUUUUUUUCCACAAAUUACUUUUUGGAGAUAUAAAGCUAUCUGACCUAGAACGUGGGAACAGAAAGCUGUCUGCCUUGACUGCAAUGAUCAUAUCAAAACUCUAUUUCCUUCCCAUAACUACCACGAAACACAAACACGAGUCAAGCCGCCAUGUGUCUCGUACCAGGCCACAACUGUGCCACAUUACUCGCAAAAGUCCACAGAGUACUUAACUUACUUACCGUAUUUCAGCUAUGGAAAACAACAUGGCUGCUUGGAAACGUACAACUCGUAUUGAUCGUAGCUGUUUUGGAGGUAUUAUUACAGGAAUAUUCGUUUCACUUUUAAUUAAAAAAUAUCAGCAGGACAAAAAGUAAGAUAUAAUAGCUUCGAAGUUUCUCCGAACGUUAAAGUCCACAAUAAUAGCCAGCUUUACAAGUCGCUAGCUGGCGACCAGCAAUGAAAUUCUGGUCGCCAGGACUGAAUUUUUAGUCGCAUUGGCGACCAGGAAGGCGCAAUUUCGGACCCUGUCCUUUCCGGAAAAUAAAAUGAACUGAAUGUAAAAAGUGAAACAGAAAUAGCGAAAAAUUCAACUUCUAAUUAAAUCUUUUCUUAUGGUUUAGAAUAAACUAUUCUCGAAACUGAGAAUGUUUUGAUCAAAGCUGUGUAAAUCGACCUGAAACUAUGCGUGGAACUAAGUGCGUUUCCUGUAUUUAUCUCACCUAUUGUGACCUGAAACUGUGCGUGGAACUAAGUGCGUUUCCUGUAUUUAUCUCACCUAUUGUAUGGAAUAUAUAUGAAAAUCUUCCUUAUGACUCGGUAUAUUUCAAAGAGCCACACAACGAGCAAGAAUGCUAUAGACCGACAAUCUAUAGAGCGGGGGAAGCUGUAGUGUUAACUAUUACUAGUUUUACACUUAUUACAAUCAGGUGGUUGCUUGAUUACCUCUCUAGGUGAACUAUUAUUGCCGACAUGGUAGUUUUUAUCUGGCUAAAUGCCGUGUUUGAAUUGUGACAUCCUGAGAUUUUUGCUUAACGUUGUGUAAUAGAUUCAACUCAAAUUCUAGUUACUCUAUGAAUGACCACAAUUUAGAAAAAUCAUUUAAUAUCCCGAAUUAACGCUAAGAGCUCCAAUUAUUGAAAUGCUUCUAGGAACAGGGGUGCACUAUUAUCUGCUAGUGCGGCAACUUGCUACUUGACGUUAACGUCUUAAUCACAUUGAAAAGCGUGUGAGCCAAAUAUAGUAAUUUCAAAUGGUUCUCAGGCACAUGCGUCAAAAGCAAAGCCCUCGAGACGGAAGAGAGGAUCACAAGAACAGCAUCAGGGCAUCGGAACAAACAAUGAUCCCUAUCGUGUAUCCUGCACUGAAAUGAAUAAUUUUUGGUUGGCAAAAUGUUGAAUGAGCCUCCCAUUCUUUAUAAUAAAAGAAAGCAGUUUCUAGAUCUUUUGUAUCUCGUUAAUGACUAGUUUGACACAUCGCACCGCACAAAGUUAUCGGAUACAGUAAAACUCUGACUGACCAAAACCCUUUUUAUCACAACGAAACAUAUAGAACCACAAUGUAACGUUUCGUCUUUUAAUACAAACUGAACGUGCAAACACUUUUCGGAGACACCUGGCACUUCUUCGUUGGGUCGGGUUGCCACCUUAUUUCAGAAUGGAGUUGCUAGAGAAAGGUAACGUUAUGAUGUCUUCUCGAUAGUUUAAAGUGACAUUUUCGUAACUCGGUUAGGAUAUAAGCUUCUGAGGAACUAAUGGUAAACAAAGAUCUGGUC